CAUAUGUGGAGAAACACAUUUAUAUGGGACUAUAAAUAAAGAGAAAUAGUCUUAGUUUUAGAAACAAGAAAAAAAGAAGAAAAUGGAAGAGGAAAAUGUGAGUGUUGAUAACAGUGGAAAAGAAAUGGAAUGCCUUUCAACUAUUCCUGGAUGGUAUUCAGAUGUCAGUGAUUUGUUUCCUGUACCGGGAGAAAUAAUGUCACUGAAGAUCGAAAAGAUAUUAUUCAAGGGGAAGUCAAAGUACCAGGAUAUUAUGAUCUUUCAGUCGUUAACUUUUGGAAAAGUGAUAGUUCUGGAUGGGAUAAUUCAACAUACAGAGAGGGAUGUAUGUGCUUAUGUUGAAAUGAUUGUACAUCUCCCACUUGCUUCUAUUCCUAACCCAAAAAAGGUUUUGAUUAUUGGAGGAGGAAUGGGAUUUACUUUGAGAGAAGUCUUACGUUAUCCAUCUAUUGAGAAAGUUGAUUUGGUCGAGAUUGAUGACAUGGUCAUUAAUGUUUCAAGGAAAUAUUUUCCUGACAUAGCUAAGGGAUACAAGGAUUCACGUGCAACACUUUAUGUUGAAGAUGGAAAUGCAUUUGUGAAGAACGCUGCUCCAGGAACAUAUGAUGCAAUUAUAGUAGAUUCUUCUGAUCCUAUUGGAGCAUCAAAAGUUUUCUUUGAAAAGCCCUUCUUUGAGGCAGUUUCAAAAGCCUUAAGGCCAGGAGGAGUUUACAUAACUCAGGGUGAAAGUGCGUGGGUUUUCUUGGAUAUCAUCCAAAAACUUGUUGAAGACUGCAACCAAUUCUUCAAAGGCUCUGUCAACUAUGCAUGGACCAAUGUUCCUUCCUACCUAAGUGGGGCUAUUGGUUUUGUUAUUUGCUCUACUGAGGGGCCUCCAGUUGAUUUCAAGAAUCCCGUUAACAAAGUUGAUGUGGAUAUCAUUUCAACAAAAUCUGAAUCACCUUUGAAGUACUAUAACUCAGAGAUUCAUACUGCUUCUUUUGCUUUGCCAACUUUUGCUCAAAAGGUGCUUUGCCCUAAGUGAUUCUUGUUGGAAGAUAUAGGAAUUUCAAGUAUCUAUUUGAUGUUCAAAUAAAAUUGAAAGGCGAUGUUCAAUUGCAAAUCUUAUUUUCUAGUAAUGAAUGGUUAAUUUUGAGAGGAUUUCAAUGGUUAAUGCAUUAAUGGUAGGGGUGCCAUUCGGCUCCUUCGGAUUGAAUAUGAAAAUUUCAGUUUAGAUUUUCAGUUUUUGAAUUAAAGAAAUUACAAUUCAAAUAA